AUGAAAAACAAUCCUAUGAACAUGCAAAUUUCAGAGUAUGUCAACCUUUACUUCAAGGGUUUGGUAAGCAAUGACUCAUUGGACGGAUUUGGGGUCGCAAUUUUGGGGCAGAAAGAUGAACUCGUGUUUCAGAUGAAUGGACCAAUUCGUGGCUCCAGCAUUACUGUCUCUGAAGCUGAGCUUAUUGCAUUGAAGCGAGGACUAACCGAAGCUGCAGAUUUAGGGAUCAACCAUAUCACAAUUUACAGUGAUAAUCAUCCCACUCACGACUUGAUCAGUGGAAGGUUGGUACCAAAGGAGAAUAAUAUGGCCUUGCUAGUAAAUGAUGUGCAACGCAUCAGGGAACGGUUUUCGUCUAGCUUUACAGUUUUUGUGUCACGAAGUAGUAUCAAAUAUGCUUAUAAACUAGCUUCGAAAACAAUAGUUUCUGAAAUUAGCAUACCUAUGGAUACUCCUCGACGAGCCAAGCCUGCCCGGAAAAGGACUUGUGCUAUAUGUUUAGACGAUGACGUUAAUGCUGAUCAGAUGUUUACUGUUGAUAAAUGUCGUCAUCGGUUUUGUUUCGAGUGUGUGAAACGACACAUAGAGGUAAGGCUACUCGAAGGAAGUGUGAUGACAUGUCCUCAGUUUCGUUGCAAGUCUAGACUAACUUAUACAAAAUGUGCCGAUCUUGUGACACCUAAAUUGAUAAAGAUUUGGCAGAAAAGGAUCUUAGAGAACUCGAUUCCCUUUGAAGAAAGAGUUUAUUGCCCUACCCCGAAGUGCUCAGCUUUAACGCGUGUAACCAAGGUUUCAAAUGUGAAUAAAGAGGUUGUAGUUAGGAGAUGCUGCGAUAAAUGUGGUGAGCACUUCUGCACCAAGUGUAAAUCUCCGUGGCAUGAUAACUUGUCAUGCAACGAUUACAAGAAAAUGCAUCCAAAUCCGAGCGAAAACGAGCAAAUGUUACAUGAUCUAGCAAAUCAGAAAAUGUGGCGUCAGUGCAGGAAAUGCCAACACAUGAUUGAACUUAAAAAAGGAUGCGUCCUCAUAGUUUGCAGGUAUCAUAUCUAA